AUGAUGCUCUCAUCAAUGGUCGGGCCGUUUUGUCUCUCGUGGACCUCGCUGCAGCAGCGCGAGGGCGGCACAGCGUCGAACUUCGCCCGAUCUCUUGAUGGCGAGAAGGACAUGAGCGAGCUGGGAUUCGGCAGGAUCUGGACCUCGCCCGCGGCGGCGGGCAGCAACGCCGGCCUCGGCGGCGGGCUCUCGGCCUGGGACCCACAUCUCUGCGCCGCGCUGCUGCCCGUGAUGCGCGAGAAUGCCGCGGGGCUGGACCUCGUCACGUGCAGCGACCUGCGCUCCUCCUUCGAGCGCGCCCUCGCCGCGUGGGAGCGGGUCCACCGCCGGAUCUCGUUUCACGAGGUGCAGUGCGACUUGCGGCCUGGCGAGGCGUGGACUGACGCGUGUCCGCGCGUGGAGCUGUGGGUGACGAGCUUCGCGGGCUCGUCGUCGCCGCCUCCCCCCCCGGCGCACGACGGCGACCAAGUCGCAAGCACCGACCCGAUCGUGUUUGGCGGCGGGUCGGACGUGUGCUGGUACCUCGACUCUUGGUUCUGCGGCGCGCUGCACGCGCUGCGCGACUCGCUCUUCCUCGCCAUCGGCGCGGCGCUCUGGGGCGCCUUCAGCUUCAGCCUCAUUUACUGGCUGCUGCGUCUCUGGCGCGCGGCGCGCGUCCGCUCGGCGGAGGAGCAACGAGAGCUCACCCCACCCCUGGCUGCGCGAAGGCACGCGCGGCGGUUCGGCGUCGGCGCGCGUCACUGGUCAGGCAUCGCUGCCACCGUGUGGCUCGUGCUGCUCGUCGCCCCCGUGCCGCUGCUGCGCGGCGUGAUUGCGCCGUGCCGCGAGUGUUUCGACUUCGAAGCUGCGUCGGUGCACGAGGUGGGCCACGCCCUCGGCCUCGGCCACCCUAACGGAGGGGGUGCUAACGUCUACCAGCGAGCCCUCGCCGCGGGCCUCCCCCUCAACGCGAGCGAGUGCCUCAACCCGUGGCGCGGCGCACCCCGCCCGGCGCCGCCAUCGACGCAGAGGCGAGCUGCGAGCCCGUGCGGCGGGGCGGAGGAGAGCUGCCGCGGCGUGCGGCCGAGCGUGAUGAACCGGAUCGUCCAGUACCGGCGUUCUGCGUGCCUCGACGAGGACGACGUGGAGGGGCUGCACACUCUCUACCCGGACUGCGGCGCGGAGCGGGCGGUGCUCUCCUGCGACGGCGCCCAGAGCGUCCGGCUCAACACCGGCAUCGUCCGCCUCGCGGCCCUCGUCCUCGCGCCCCUCCUCUUCGCCCUCCUCCUCCAGCGACCCCCCGCGACCGCCGCGGCCAGCCCGGUGAGCCUAGGGGUGGGCAGCGGCGUGAGCGACGCGGAGAGCGAGCUCUCGUUGACACACUCGCCGCUCCGCCCCGUGAGCGUGCUCGCCUCGCUCCGGCAGCGCCUGUGCUGUGGAGGAGCGCUCGGGCUGCGGCGGGCGACGCCAAAGUCCGUCCGCGCCGCCCCUUCCGCCCAUGGGCGGGUCCACCCGGUCAGCAUCGAGUGGUUUGUCCGCUCUGCGGCUCUCUCGAGCAGCAUGUCGCCGCCGACGACGCCGCAGCGGCCGUCCGUCCGCAAGGACAGCGAGCGGAUGUACACGAACACGUGA